AACGACAUCGAAAUUCCUUAUUCCAUUGGUCUCUUGCCUUUCACGAGAAAAAAGUUGUGAUUUACAUAUAAUAACGAGUUUUAUAACUCGUUUCCUACUAUUAAAUAUCCUUAGAUACUAAAUAGUUCAUUUUCAUAUGGAUAAACUUUUAAAAUAAGUUGCAUAAGUGACAAUAGACAAUGGAAUUAAUUAAAUAAUAAGUACCGAUUGAUGUGCAUCGAGUUUCAGGCCGUUUAAAACUAAUUGAAAUUGGAUAUGAUAACUUCAGUGUGAUGUCGUCUGUUCAUUGUGUGGUGGUAUGGGAGUGGCAGCAUGAAGGGCAUUGGCUACCCCAUUCCCCUGGAGUUGCACGCACCUUAGAGAGAGCUCAUGCUAAAAAACUAACAAGGGUUGUGCUGGCGGAUGCAGAGCCAGCACUCAAAGGAACCUAUGUCAACCUACGUACACUUACUCAAAGUUCGGAUACACCAGGCGUGUGCGAGUGCGCGGUGCGGCGCUCGUGCUACAGCGUGCAGUCGCCGGGCGGGCGCGGCGCGCGCUGGGAGUGGGCGCGCCUCGCCGACCCGCCGCGCGCCGCCGAGCUGCGCUACGACCCGCUGCCCAUGGAGGUGCAAUGUCGACUGGAGGAGGCGUGGUCGCGCGGCAUGGACGCAGUGCAGUGGGAGGGCUGGGUGCUGUGCGUGUCCAGUAUGACGGCGCGCGGGGGCGGAGCGGCCCCCCUGCGCCUGCUGCGCCGCGCCGCGCACCCCCCCUACCCGCUCACGCGCUCCACCGCGCCGCCCGCGCCCCCCGCGCCGCUCGCCCCGCCGCCGCACCCGCCGCACGCGCCGCACCCGCCGCACGCGCCCGUUCCACCCGAGCGGCCCUGCCUCGAUGCUCGGAGAACUCGCAUCCCUCAACAGCACACGGGCUCCAGUGUGCACUCGGUCCAAUCGGUUCAGUCGAUGCAAUCCGUGAAGUCUACUAAAUCCGUGCAGUCCGUAAGGUCCGCGCCGGCGCACACGCUCUCCGCGCGGGACUCGAGGGACAGGAACGGAGCGCGAAGCGUGUCCCCGAAGGACAGGAAGCCAGGAUUGGCUCGGCAGAUACUACAUAAUCUCAAUAUAUUUAGCCAUAACACCAAAGCGGCGGCGGCGGCGGCGGCGGCGGCGGCGGAGGCGGAGCUCGAGCAGCGCCACACCGACACCGAGAGCAGCAGCACGCGCUCGGCGCGCCGGCACAGCGUCGACACCGUGUCCACCUACCUCAGCCACGAGAGCAAGGACAGUCUGCAGCAAGCGGUGGUGGGGGAACUGUUGAACUGCAGCGCGGGCAGCGACGAUGUGUUCGAGGCUGCUGAUUCUGGACCUGAUCUGUUGACCGCCUCCGAUGAUAGGAAUAUUGACUGCAAGCUAAGCGCCGACUUGCAUCAGCUGUCCGUGACGGCGGACGGCGGACUCGACGGCGCGCCGGACGACGACGGCGACGACGACGGCGACAGCGAGGACGAGGAGAGCAUCUGGCGCUGGGUGUCCGACGUGUCGCGGCCGCAGUGGGGCGCGCUGUGCUGGGCCUGCGCCACGCCGCUCGACCCGCACGACGCGCUGCUGCCGCACGACGCGCACGGCGCGCUGCUGCCCGACGACGCGCGCGCCGUGGCGCUGGCCGUGUGCCACCACGCGCUGCACCUGCGCUGCCUGCGCGAGCACCUGGAGCGCCUGCGCGCCGGCGGCGAGCGGCCCUACAUCGCGUGCCUCGUGUGCGGCGCGCAGUACGGGCGGCGCGCGCGGCGCCGGCGCGCGGGCGAGCAGCCGCCCGGCUCCAUGGCGUGGCGCCGCGAGCCCGGCGCGCUGCCCGGCCACCCGCACGCCGCCUCCAUCCUCGUCACGUACGACUUCCGCUCGGGCCGCCAGGGCGCGCGCCACCCGCGGCCCGGCGCGCCCUACUACGCCGUGGGCUUCCCGCGCCACUCGCUGCUGCCCGACACGCCGCUGGGCCGCCAGGUGCUGGCGGCGCUGCGCGCGGCGUGGGAGCGGCGCGUGCUGUUCACGGUGAGCGCGUCGCAGACCACGGGCCGCGAGCACGUGGUGGCGUGGCGCGUGCCGCCGCCGCCCGCCGCGCCGCAGCACUACCUGCCGCCGCACCCGCCGCGCCCGCUGCCGUCCGCGCUCACGCACCUCGCGCGCCUGCUGCGGGACUCCUCCGCGUGACCGCGCCGCGACCCCGUCUUUAGCUAGAUCGUUCAAUGCAAGCGAUCGUCCUCUGAUCCAAAUAGAGAGAAGCCUAAUCUGAAAGUUGCGAGUACAAACUUCGCCAUAAUUAAGAAUUAAGAAAGUAAUGUUACUAAAAACAAUUCCAAAAUGACAUCGACAAUGAAAGAUCUGUUUAAUUAUCUCGGCUACGCAAUUCGAGUGUGUGUAAAACGUUGAAUCUUUAUAUAUACACUAGUAUUAUUUCGUAUAUAACUCUCUGGCUCGUUUGCAGCCUCCCCUGUUGAAUAACUCGGAGAUAUUUCUAUUUUUUAUUUAACAAUAAUAGUCUUCCAAAACAUAUUUAACAUGAGCCAAUUAGUGCAUUUUCUAUUUUAAGAAUUAUUAACACAUUAUGUAAUUAUAUUUACAUUUCUUUACGAUAUAUUAACAUAAGAAGAAUGUGCUACAAUCGAUGAAGAUAUUAUUCUGGUCUCACAGUGUGGACAAAUACAAUUUUCUCAAAAAUAUUGUAUUAUGUGUAUUAAAUUUUCGUCAGUAUUUGCGGAAUGUUCUGUUUUGGGAAUUUAUUCAUACAUUUGGUAUUUCUUUAGGGUAAGGUUUACCCUUUAGCUGAUAACGACAGCGACGGCUAAUAAAAACAUUUUUUUUAAUCUAUACAGAAGUGCUACAUUUACUUAUUGAUUGUACCAAAUAAUAUAUAAAUUUAAUUUCAUUUUAGUCCAACGUUAUCAAGAUCCCUACGAUCACUAUCCGCGAAUCAAUUUACGAAUCUUAAUGUUUGUUAUAUUUUAAUUUAUUUAAUUAUAAUAACAGUCAUUUCAAAAGAUAAGCUACAUACAGUUCAGAGUAACUCGUGUGUUUACUUUUUUCUACCAAUCCAAUUGCGCGUACUGUGGUGACGUCAUUACAUAUAUUGAACGUUUGCAUUAAAUGUAAAUAUGUAUUCAAAACAAUGUAUUGUCAUAUUUUGAUAUUUAUUCAAUUUAGAUAUAAGUUACUAUUGAUUGCAUAACUAUGUGACCCAACAUCGAUUUUUUCAAAAUAAUGAAGGUUUUUUUCAAGAAAUAUGUUUUUAAACAUUAUAAUACAGCAACAGCCUGUGAAUGUACCACUGCUAGGCUAAGGCGCCCUCUCUCCUAAGAUACAAUAGAGGCGGUAUUUAUCAUUGACUCAAAGUGAACCUGAGUCGAGACCAAGGACGUCCCUGUUUACAGAGGGACAGUGUCAAUCCAUUGGGUAUUGCCAUCAUCAUCAAUAAUUCUGCAAUGCUCAAACGGAGCAGUAACUUCGAUGGUGGCAAGAGUUUUAUUAUAUGAUUAAGAGAACCGUGAUGUAGAGGCCUUUCUGUGCCGUUUGGAUAACAAAAGACCAUGUGAAUCGUAAGAGGUCUAAGUCUCGUCUCGAAUGAUUUAUUCCUAUAAGGAACAUAGUUUUGAGUGAUGAGGUUUACAUUUUAGUGAAAAUUUAUAAGUGAUUUUUCACUUUUUUAUAUGUAUAUACAUAAUACGAUGUGCCUUUAUAUAGUAAAUUGCAUGUAAAUAUAUUUUUUUAUUAAGAUUAAACUUACAUUAGAUAUAAAUGAAAAUUAGACUUACAUUCCAUAACAACGAUUGCUAAUAUAUAUUAAUGACUCAAGUAAAUGCAUAUUAUGUAUUAUAACUUAAAAAAAAAUACAUUUAAAUAUUAUGAUAUAAUACAUGACAAUUAAUUUUAUAAAUACAAAUGAGAGCUAUAGGAUAUUAUCAUAAAUGUUUAUAUUAUGUUUUAGUGUUAUAUACUUUAAAAGAAAUUGUAAAAUUAAUUUAUAUGUCAUUAUAUAAAUUUUGACAGUAGCUAGCAAAGCUGUUCUGUAGAAAAGGAAAUAGCAUUCCAAUGUUAUAUUAUUAUUCUUUUCUAUUAUGUAUCCUAUGUCGAUGGGUUAAGGUUUACUUUGAUAUAGCUUUGAUUAAGUUUUCAUAAUGUUAAAUGUAACUGGUCUUCCGAACAUUUUCUCUCUAUAUGUUUUAAUAAUUUUUAUAUUUAAGACUGAUAAAUAUAUCUAAGAUCGUAGGUUUUAUAUAAAUGACAGUUAUUUAAAUAUUUACAUGUUGUAUAUUAUAAAGUAUGCUAGAAUAUAUCUUGCCAGUAAGUGCCUCUUAUAAUUAAUUAUUGUAUAUUAAUAAUUAUAUACGUUUGUCUUCCUCUAUAACAGAUCUUCCGUUUUAAAGCUUUAUGAAGAUUAUUUUUAAUUAUAUAAGAUAUAAGUAUCAAAUACAUAGAAUAUAAGUCGUUGAAUGAUAAACAAGUCGAUGCCAUUGGCGUAGUAAAUAAGCAGUUUUUUAUCACAAAAGAAGUUUUUUUUAUUAUAUAGUGCUUCAUAGAUCUAGCAAGCACUGACUAUGCCAAUAGUAGACGCUUUUUACAAUAAUAUUUAGCGAAUAAAGUUACAUAAAAUUAAUUUGUCUUUUAUUCAUAUAUAAGCUCUGGCAUAAUAUGCGUGACAAUGCCUCUAAAC